CCAUGCAACUGUUGCCUUGGUCUCAAAACACACGACCAUAUCUCUCCUUUGCCUUCAUAUAGCCACUUAACUAUCGUAAACAUGCCAACAUCCGCGACAAUGGUGGCUCCAUCAACUGGAUCUUUCCCCAAAAAAGAUCAAGACUGGCGUGCAAUUUUAUCUCCUGAACAAUUUAGAGUUCUCAGGGAAAAGGGCACCGAAGGCCGAGGUAAAGGAGAGUACACCAAACUGUUUAACGACGGAACCUAUAGUUGUGCUGGCUGUGCAACUCCUCUUUACAAGUCCACCACUAAGUUCGACUCUGGUUGUGGCUGGCCUUCCUUCUUUGAUGCUAUCCCUGGUGCCAUUAAACGAACGCCGGAGGCAGGAGGGAGACGAAUGGAGCUCACGUGUGCGACAUGUGAUGGACAUUUAGGCCAUGUUGUCAAAGGAGAAGGCUUUCCCACAGCAACCGAUGAACGUCACUGCGUCAACAGUGUUUCUCUCAAGUUUUCCGAAAUUUCUUCCCAAUAAAACGACAUAUCUAUAUUUGAUGACCACUCUUGUUCGACCAAUUCAUCUCCUUCAAGAAAAUUUGAAGUUCAAGUGUGAUUGUUUGAGAUUGUUAUGUCAUGUUCGUUCCUAGUCAUGUGUGAUAUGCUACCAUUGUUGUUUGUCACUUGUGUGAUAUGCUCCCAUUGUUGUUUUGCACUUGUGUGUUUUUUUUUCCUUCUCUCAACUAUAUAUAUUAUAUGUUAUUUUUCCAUUGACCACCUUGAUAUGUUAAAUGUA